AGCCCUCACACUCUCCACCCAGCAGCUUUGAACAAUUGACGGCGCGGCAAUGUCAGAUGGCGGAAAGCGCCCGUCUUCCUACUUCCACUUCUUUGCCGGCUUGAACUCGGGCAUCCUGUCUGCAGUCCUCCUCCAGCCGGCCGACCUCCUCAAGACGCGUGUCCAGCAGUCGCGGUCCAGCACGCUGUUUGGCACCAUCCAGUCGAUAGCCAGCGGGCCAAACCCCAUCCGGCACUUCUGGAGGGGCACGCUGCCAAGUACACUGCGCACAGGCUUUGGCUCUGCCAUCUACUUCACCAGUCUCAAUGCCCUGCGCCACCGAGCGAGCCUGCUUGCCGCGGCGAGGGCCGAUGUCGCGCACAGGGGAGGCGACCACUCGAGCUCCCUGCCCAAGCUGAGCAACACGGCCAAUCUCGCAACCGGCGCCGUUGCACGCACAUGGGCCGGCUUCGUCAUGAUGCCCAUUACCGUGCUCAAGGUGCGCUACGAGAGCAACCUGUACGCCUACACUUCGCUGUUUUCGGCCUCGAGGGACAUCUUCCGCACAGAGGGCAUCAAGGGCUUCUUUGCCGGCUUUGGCGCAACGGCCGUCCGCGAUGCACCCUACGCGGGGCUCUAUGUUUUGUUCUACGAGCAGUCGAAGCGGCGGCUAUCCAACCUCGCGACCCGCAUGGAGGAGACGUCGGGCGCAUCCACCAAGCUCUCGUCGAGCACUUCCGCAGGCAUCAACUUUGUCUCGGGUGUCGCGGCAGCUGGGCUGGGGACAGCGAUCACGAACCCCUUUGACGCCAUCAAGACACGCAUCCAGCUGAUGCCGGAUCAGUACGGAAACAUGGUGCAGGCCAGCAAGAAGAUGCUGGCCGAGGAGGGCGUGCGGAGCUUGUUUGAUGGGCUAGGCAUUAGGAUUGCCCGAAAGGCAAUCAGCAGUGCACUCGCCUGGACCGUCUACGAAGAACUGAUCCGGCGUGCACAGAGCUUGAAGGAGGCGGUCGAGGACAAGAUGUGAGGCACGUGUGAUUGUAUGAUAGUGCGAGUAGAUGCAUGGGCGGCGUUUACGGGCGCCGACUGCUGGCUAUUAGGACUAGGCACCUCUUCGCUCCACUCGACCCUGUCCUUGCCCUGAUUGGCCAAUCUCAACUGCCUAUGCUGCUGACGCUAGAGCCGCUUAUAUAAUCCAGCACGUGACUACACACGUGACCAGCAUGGC